GGUGGAAGUCGUUUAUCAUCGUCGGAUUCUUGAGUUGUUUUGGUGUGAGGAUCAAGUUGCGUGGGUGUGCAUUGCUGCAUUAGUUUCACAGAGGUAGUUUAUCGGCAUCUUCCGUUGUUAAGAGGGCAGAUUGUUUGCACAAUAAGACGUACGAAGUGUCUGCUUUGCACUGCUAGACAAUCUCCAUCACUCUUAUCUUCAUCACUCUUUGCCCAAAACUAGGUUUUCGACACUAUGGACUCCACUCCAUUGGCAGAAUUACAUAUUGGACAACGGAACUACAAGAUUACAUGUCGUGUGACAAAGAUAUGGGAUGCCACAAAUCCAACAAUGCAAGAUCAACUAAUGUCAGUUGAUUUUAUGUUGGUUGACAAUCAGGCGAUGGCCAUUCAAGGAUCAAUUCGAAAGGAAGAUGCGGCCCGAAUGAAAGAACUAAUUAAAGAAGGACAAAUUUAUACAUUUUCCAACUUCAUUGUCACAGCUGCGAAAAAGAACUUUCGUGUAUGCCACCACAAGCUUAUGAUUCGUCUUGGGACAUGGAGCAUAAUAAAAGAGAUAAUGGAUCAUCAACUGCAUAUCCCAAAUCACAGCUUCUCUCUGAUAGAUGACAAAGAACUAGAAUCAAGAUUAUACAAUGAUAUGUACCUCACAGAUAUAGUUGGUCAUCUCACAUCAGUCACCAAAGUCAGCUAUGCCUAUGUAAAUGGGAGAAAUGUCACGAAAAAAAAUCUCAUCAUUCAAACCUUGAGCAUGAAGGACAUUCCAGUCACACUUUGGGGGACAAAUGCAGAGGGAUUUGAUGAAAAAAAUGUUAUUGACCUUGCACGAAAAGAGCCUCUCAUUGCAGUCCUUACAACUAUGACUAUAAGAGCAUUUAAAGGAGAAACCACACUAUCAAGCACAUCAGCAACACGAAUAUAUUUAAAUCUAGACACCGAAGAUGUUCAUGCUUUCCGCAGCAGACUUGCUUAUCCACUUGAGGUUACAACAUUGGCCCAAUCUCCAGAAGAUAAACAAAGUCAUGUCAAUGCUGCAAUAAGUUCCAGAAAGACUAUCUACGAGCUACUUCGUCUGGAUCGAUUUGCUGAUCUGGGGAAAAAGUUUAUCUGUGAAGCAACAAUAAAAGAGAUUGACACAAGUAGAGGAUGGUGGUACAAUGCAUGUUCAAAGUGCAAAGUAGGAGUUACAAACUAUGAUGGCAUCCUUUCUUGCAGGAAGUGUGGCCCAAUAGAAAGUCUUCCGAUACCAUGGUAUAAAUUGGAUGCCAUAGCUGCUGAUGAUUCUGGUGAAGCCCAUUUCUUUAUGUUUGGAAAACAUGUGGAGAAGUUGGUGAAAGUACUAGCCACUCAACUCUCUAAUCUUCCCUCUUCCAACCGAAUUGUUGUGCCACCCAUCAUCGAGCAAAUCUGUGGUCAAAAAUACACAUUCACAGUCUCAAUUAAUGAACGAGAAAUCACUAUGCCAGAUCUAACAUUCAAUAUCUCACAAGUCAUUAAAGAGACACCACCAGGUCAUAAUCCUGAGAUAAGAAUCGUAGAGGACGAACAUCACCUGCUCAGCAACAAGAAGCAGCAUAAAAGAACAAGGGAAUCAGAUAUGCAGAACCAACUACAUAAGAAAAUACACAUCAUUCCAGAGACAGAGUAUGCUGCUCAAAAUACCAACAAAUGACAUGUUCCAAUCGAU